AUGGACGGCUCGAGUGAGACCAACGCGGAGGAAGCGACCUGGGCGGCGGCGGCGAGGCCCCGGCGCUCCUCUACGCCUGCGCCCACACCCUGGUGCUCCACGACGUCCCGGGGAAGCGGCAGGCCCUCCUGCAGGUGCGGGGCCGGGGGCCGGGAGGGACGAGGGUGGAGGACGGGGGACGCGCCGGGUGUGCAGCGGCCUCGCGGGCCUCCUCCUCCCCCCCCCCAGGGUCACAGCAACAUCAUCUCGUGCCUGUGCGUGAGCGAGGACGGGCGCUGGGUGGUCACAGCCGACCGCGGGCCGGACCCUCUCCUCAUCGUCUGGGACUCCUUCUCCGGGAUACCCGUGCACACCAUCUUCGACAGCCACCCGGCCGGCGGGGUCGCGGCCGUCGCCAUCUCCCGCGACGCGAAGUACCUGGCGACCAUCAGCUCUGGCGCGGUGCAGAGAGUCUGCGUCUGGAGGUGGACCCAUGCCACGGAGACGCCCGUGUGCAGCGCCGAGCUGCGGCCCGAGUUCGGGUGCCAGGAUUAUGUCGUUUUUAACCCCCAAAAUCCCUAUGAGUUUGUCAGCAACAGCCAAACCCAGGUGAUAUUUUACCUGUGGAGCGAUGCUGGUUUGCAGUACGGCGCGCCGCCCUUGACCGACGGGACCUUCAGCAAAGCGGUGGGACGCUUCAGCCAGUCUGUUUUCCAUUUCGACACCUCGCAAGCGCUGACGGGCACCUCGGCUGGGAAGCUGGUGCUGUGGGACGAGGUCCGGCCCUGGCCCCAGCCCCGGGAGCCGCUGGCGAAGCCACACGCCAUGAAGGCCAUCAAGCUGGUGCCCGUGCAGAAGGACGGCCUGACCGUGCUCACCGCCGUGGACAGCUAUUUCGUAACCGGCGAUGUCAACGGCGAUGUGAAAUUCUACGACGGGCAGCUGCAGCUCCUGAACUGGUGCAGCCACCUCCGCGCAGGCCCCAUCCGCUCCAUCUCCUUCUCCAAAGCCCCUCCCGGCGCCUCCGCAGACUGCGCCCGGUCCUGCACCGUCGGCGGCCAGCCCUUCGUGGUCAGGGACUUUAUCCUUUCGACCGCUGAUGCAACGGUGCUCCAUGUUGCAACAGAUGGGACAAAAUAUGAAAAAGUCAUGGAGGAGGCCAAGAGAGCUGUGACCGCCAUCGCGUGUCACCCCAGCCAAGCGCUCAUUGCUGUCGGGAGUCACUGCGGGCUGCUGAAGGUGUGGGACUACGAGCAGACUGAGUACCUUGUCAGCAGGAUAUUCGUCGAGGCCAGCAUCCAGUGCCUCUCCUACGACCCUGAAGGUUCUCUGCUGGCGGCUGGCUUCACUGAUGGAAGCGUUUACAUCCUCGAUGCUAUUUCUCUCCAGUCCAGCUGCAAAGAGUUCAAGUUCUCACGAGGCCCUGUGACUCAUCUGAGCUUCUCGCAUGACUCUGAGUACCUUGCAACCGCUGACGAGAAACUCUCGGUGACGGUUUACAGACGAGUUCUGCGAAACGGGCAGAGGUGCUGGGAACAUCUGGCGGGGCUGCACUCCCACUACAAGCCCAUCCGGAGCAUCCUCUUCGGGGUGCAGCUAGACAGCGAUGAGCCCAGGCUCUUAAGCCUCGGGGAGGACAGGCAGCUGGUUGAGUACGACCUGACCAGCAGCAGCAAGGACCGCUUGGUGGUCUUGCGCCGGGACCGGGUAGAGCAGGCAGCCGUGCCGCUGUGCUUGGCCUGGUACCCGCAGCUCAGCACCGAGUCCUUCAUCCUCACCGCCAACAGCUGCUACAAGAUGAAGCUCUACAACAGCACGACCAAAAUGUGCAGAAAGACUGUUUUGGGGCCAACCUAUGGCUCCCCUCUGGAGAAGAUGCAAAUCCUCCCAAGAACAAACCCGGCGGACCCUCAGAAACGCUAUCUGGCUUACGUUACAAAGGACAAGGUCGGGGUGCAGAUUUUGCCCGUCGACGGCAACCCGCACAAGUCCUGCGCUUUCAUCUGCCACCCGGAUGGCGUGGCCGAGCUCGCCACCUCCUACGAUGGACGCUACGUCUUCACGGCGGGGGGGGAUGACCGCACCGUUAUGAAGUGGGAGGUCAACCUGCCGGCCCUGGAGGCCGCCGUUGCCCUGGGCGGGCAGGACUUGGUGCCCUUCUACAACUUGCUGGACGGCGGCAGAGACGGCGAGUUCUUCAGGGAACUGGAAGACUAUUUUUACUACGCGCAGCUGCGCGGCCACAGCAUCGAUACAAUGGAGACCAGACAGGUGUCAACACACAUUCCCCUGGAGGAAAUUCCCUUUGUAAUGAGAGCCAUGGGAUUUUAUCCGUCGGAGGAAAAGAUUGAAGACAUGAUAAAUGAAGUGAAAUUCAGCGAGUAUGCGGAUACUGGAAAGCAAGUGACAGAAAUCAAUUUAGGGGAUUUUAUCAAACUCUAUAUAAAUCAUCGACCUGCAUUUGGCUUGUCAAUGAAAAAAAUACAGAGAGCGUUUCAGGUCCUUGGUUAUGACAAUGAGAAUGGAGAAAAAGUUAUUGACAGAGGAGACUUACUGCUGCUGCUUCAGCGCAGAGGAGAGCAUAUGACAGAGGAAGAGCUGGCAGCAUGUCUGACCACCUUGCUGGGCAUGAAUCCAGAGGGAGGAACAGCUGAACCGGGCACCUGCGAUACCUCAGGUGCAGCGGCUUUACUGGAAGAAAUUCCAGAAGAAAUCACAGCAGAGAUGUUCACUGCUAACAUUCUUGGCUUACCUAUUCCUGAACCAGAAAAAAACAGAACAGAAAAGAGAGAUGAAUCUUUGAUCCAUGAAGGCUCGGAAUUGUAGCUACUACAAAGUUUUCUACUCAUUCCUACUUUGCAAUCUCCUCUCAAGUAUCUGUGAAGUUUUUUUUUUUUUUUUGCAUUUAUUAAAAAAUAAAGGCAAUAUCAUUUUAGACUGAUCAAACACCCGUCUAACCCCUGUUUUAGCACAGGCCACAAACCUGUUGGAUCAAAUCUGUUUCCCAAAUCAAACACGGUCCUAGUAUUUUACUGUCUGUACUGCAGAAAGUUUGGAUGUGGAGAUUGCCAGUGGAAGUAUUCCUGCUGUUCGGGCAUGGCUAACACCUUUAAUACCUUCUUACAGGGUAGUUAAUAAACAGUGGUUUAAAUGAACAUGAUGCGGUCCUAAAAUGAUCUUCUGGGAGAAUAGCAUGAAGACUCUGCUGUAAAUGCACCCAUCUUGCAGUCCAGUGACCAUCAGUAUGUACAGAAACACGGGGGAAGCUGCAGGGAACGAAAGAGUAGUCCGUGUGUUAUCUUCUUGCAUUGAUCAUCUUGCAUCGCUCUUGCCUACAAUUUUCCUAGAAUUCAUUUUAGGGUGGUUUUACACCAGAUGAAGCUAGGAUGCAGUCUAUUUUCAUUAUGCUAAGGCAGUAUUCAUUUGUAAAACCUGACAGUAAAAUAGCAAUGUAAAAGUAUUGUAUUGAUUAUAUACAUUGAUAAAUGUAAUAUACAGACUGCCUGGAUACAUCAGAAUGGAUUUGUAAUUAUGCAAAUAAAUCCACCAGCCCUCAGUAAAGAAAGGAACAUGGAGAUGCAAAUUAAAACCAGGUUUCCAUUUUGGUC